AUGCAGGAACCUCCCCCACAGGAACCCCUCCCCCUCACAAGAACCUCCCCCACAGGAACCUCCCCCAUAGUAACCUCCCCCACAGGAACCUCCCCACAGGAACCUCCCCCACAGGAACCUCCCCACAGGAACCUCCCCACAGGAACCUCCCCACAGGAACUCCUCCCCCCUCACAAGAACCUCCCCCACAGGAACCCCUCCCCCCUCACAAGAACCUCCCCCACAGGAACCCCUCCCCCCUCACAAGAACCUCCCCCACAGGAACCCCUCCCCCUCACAAGAACCUCCCCCACAGGAACCUCCCCCAUAGGAACCUCCCCCACACGAAGCUCCCCCAUAGGAACCUCCCCACAGGAACCUCCCCACAGGAACCUCCCCACAGGAACCUCCCCACAGGAACCUCCCCACAGGAACCUCCCACAUAGGAACCUCCCCACAGGAACUCCCCCCACAGGGCCAUUUACAGGGCCCAACAGAGUCCCUCCUCCAUGGUAG